AUGCCUUCUCAAAAUGUCGCCUGUUCAAAUAUGCAGACAGAGGGAAAUGACGCUUUUCUUAACAAAACUAAAGCCCAAAUACGGAGGACUACACAAAAACUGCGCCGAACAAUGAUAACAACAACCGAUUGGCCUCCACCCAGAGUGAUUUUCAACACAGAAGUGACCACACCCCGGGACGAAAAUGGUCAGCGUUCAUCCACCUGGUCAUUCCCUUGCUGUUUUCAACGAAGUAGGAGCAAAUCACCCGAAGAUGAGGAACAUAAGAAUAGUAACCUCUCCAAAAUACUCAUGGGGCCUUAUAAGAAUGAAACUCGGAUGACGAAUAAUAAACUUAUGUUAAGAACCGAUGCAGAUGGAAGUCUAGUCUGUCCGGACAAUGUGGAUGUAAACAUGUUGAUUGAAGGAUUUCGGGAAUUCGAGCGAAGAUUUCAAUAUGGAACGCUUAUGCCUUUUGCGAAUGUCUUACCCUUUGCCAAUCUCGUCCGUGGACGUGAAGAAAUUCCUGAAAUUGAGGAAGAAGAUGAAGAAGAAGUGGAAGAAUGCAGAAAACCUGUGAGGAGUUCCAUUUUGAAGAAAUCAGGUGUCUGUGAAAAUCCAUUGAACGGAAGUGAAAAUUUUCAGGUCAACAAUGACGAUCAGAAGAAAGUCCUGGUUGUUGAAAGCAUAUGUGAAGCAUAA